UAAUAAAAUCGAAGCCGCUUCAUUCAUUUAGUUUCUGACCGUCUUACGAUCUUCUCAGCCAAAACGUCUCAGUCUCGUGAGAGGGAAGGAAUAAGUGAGUCGCGCAGCAAUAUAAAGUAUUCAAAGAAUAUUAAAAAAAAAACCGUGCAAAGUAUCAAAAAAAAAUCCGUUUUCGGUAAAUUUUUCCACUCUUUAUGUAGAAAAUAAUCAGUGUACAUAAAACAGCGUAUUUCAUGACCAAAGUGUAUCUGCAGCAAAAAAUAGGUUCAACGAGAGGAAAAAUUAAUUUAAAAAAAAAUCAUUGCAAUAAUAUCUGGUGUUAAUUGCCGAAAUAAUCACUGCAAUAACUCAAUGAUAAGCAAUAGCGGCAGAAAUUAAUCAAGAAAGAAAGAAUCACGUGUAAUUGGUGUGUCGGAAAGUCGCGAAAUAAAAUAAAAAAUCUCAAAAAUCCGAAAGAAGUGCUUAAAAUAGCCUGCAGCAGUUGGAAAUAAAUUAUAACAGCAAAAAAAAAGUCUCAAAAUUGGAGUUAAAGAUUACUUGAAAUAGUGACCAAAGUCAGAGACUACCAUACUUAUGUUGAUUAAAAAAUCUGCUUCAACCUGCACGCGAAAUUGCAUCAAAGUCAUUGCUGAACUUGAUAACUGCAAGAACUGUGUGAAUUUUGUGACAUAACAUUUAGCCCUGUGGAACAGUCCACUGGUUUUUCCCCCUUUCCAAUUUUAACUCUUACAACAAAUUGCAUUUGUUACCAAUUAAGUAACUGGUCGAGGAAGAAAAGUUUAAAGAAAAUUGUAAAAGGACCAAAAAAAUUAUAGCAGUUGUGAGGGACUCUGUUGUCCAAUCUGCUAGAAAUUACCAAGGACAUUUUCGAGUAGUUUCAGAGGAAAUUAGCAAUCUUGCCGAAUCAACUAUGAGAGAGAUGGAAAUGGGUUCAUCGCUCCUGUUUGCGAUUGGGAUUUUUCUGGUGUGCGGCCUAACCAGUGCCCGAAGUAUUAGUGAGCCUAAUAACUCACUUCAGUCCAAUGGGGACUCGGGCAAGUUCAUCGAGGCUCAGGACUGGGUGAAGGUGACGGCUGCACCACCAGUUCGUAUUACUCAUGAGGUUGGAGCUACGGUUGAACUAGAAUGUGAAGUUGCAGGAUCACCACCACCUACAAUCCAUUGGGUUCGAGGCAAUACACCCCUUAAUUUGCUCAAUGAAAUUGAAGCAAAUGUUGUGUCAGAGGCGAGUCCCAAUGCUUUGGCACGUGUUCGAUCGCGUCUGAUACUGGAGCACGCUGCACCCACGGAACGGACAUAUACUUGUGUUGGACGUUCAGGGAGUCAGACAGCAUUUGCCAGCACCACUGUCAUCGCUUCACCUCAUCACGGACGCCCAAAGCACAAUCUCACAUCGGACAUUAUUAACACACUUCUGAGCCCAGGAGGUGGUGCCCAGAAACCACGGAUUGUGCUGUAUUACACAGUUGUGCUCGAAUUAUUGGGAUCAGACAUAGUGCUUCCAUGCAACACAAUUGGACGCCCAAGGCCUGACAUUUACUGGCUGGACGGCAAUGAUAAUCUCAUCAGUGGUCAGGAGCCACGUUACAGAGUUCUCCCCACGGGAGAACUAAUCAUCACUAAUCUCAAGUGGAGCGAUAUGGGUGGCUUCACCUGUGUCGCCCGAAAUGCCCUCGCCAAAGACACCAUCACCACAUUCGUUUACCCCGUACUUAAUGAAGAGUGAAUCUCUCGAGAGACCCUGUCAAAAAAGGACACAACGAGAAACCUAGGCACAUUUUUUUCAAUUACAAGACGUAAACUACUAGAAAUUCACAAAAGUGAAUUUUAUAAAUGGAAAAAAAGAGUUCAAAGAAAUAAUUGAAAAAAAAAUUAUACGUAUGUGUAUAUAAUUUAAGAACAUUAAAUGUAUAACAUCCCUAUUUAUUGUCA